GCGAGAGCAACAACAAGGCGCCGACACAGGCCGCGGGAAAAUCGGAAGAGAAAGGCCUCCCCUCCGAGGACCUUCGCAAAAGUUUCCCCCGGAGAAAAAGGAGAGCAAAGAAGCGGCGGAGCUGCGGAAAAGCCCGCGCCAUCGCCGCCGGCGAGAAAGGCCCGCCAAAAAUGGCGGCCCGCCUGGAGACGGCGGGCGAUUGGCCGCGGUGCUCUUUCGAUUUCUUCCCUGGGCUUCAUUCGCGGCGCUCCCCGACUUGUGGCCACAUGGCUAGACAUUCGAGACCGAUUGGAUCACUGGGGACCCACUGCGCAGACAUGCGCCUCCCGCCUGGCCCAGGUUGGUCGGCCGGUGUGGUCUACUGCUUUGGCGACGCCUGUAAGUGCUUGCCGUGCGGCUGCGGCAUCCCUCCAAGCACACCACUACCGAGAUGGCCCUGCUGCCAGAUCCAGACCACGGGGAUGGCGGUCGCGCAGAUGUUUGCGGGGCGACGCGGUGGCGGGUAGUGGGCUACGGAUGGCCAGGGGGCUACGGCGAACGUAUUCGCCGCGGCACGUAAUGGAGGCGGCCAACUAGCAGGGGGCUCGGAGCGCAAAGGGGGAAGCCUUCUGCAGGCCUGCUGCCGGCGCCGGGGCAUUCGCCAGGCGGCAACGCGGAGAACGACACGGGAUGGGCGGGCGCCCUUGUGUGCAAAAUAAAAGCAAGGCGGGGCGCCGCUAAGGCGCGCGGGCGACGUCCCUGG